AUGGAGAAGCUGUGGUGGUGUUUCCUGGUCUUGACCAGCCUCUCUAAUGUUUCUGGCCAGACAGACAUGCAUAAGAAGGCCUUUGUGUUCCCCAAAGAGUCGGCCAGUUCCUAUGUGUCUCUGAAAGCACAGUUGAAGAAGCCACUGAGAGCCUUUACCAUUUGCUUGCAUGUCUACUCUGAACUGAAUCCGACCCAUGGGACCUUUAAUCCUAACAUCCUGGACUGGCGGGAGCUGAAAUAUGACAUCCAUGGUGAAGUGUUCAUCAAGCCCCAGCUAUGGUCCUGA